ACUGUUGUGUUUUAGCGUUCGGUGGUCGCAUUUAUUAACUUAGGCCUACUAUAACAUUUUUUAUUUGGUUUGAGUUAAAAUAAUUUAAUGACAGAGUAGGCCUAAUCCGUGUCGUGUUAUUUGUGCAGGAGGCCUAAUGCUUAAUUGCGUCAAAUGUUUACAAUAUAUAUGACUUAAAAAUUUAAAUCGUAAAGCUAAAUAGCCUAGUAGCAUAGGCCUAAGCGUAAGUUAUUAUUACAAUGACAAGUGCGAAAUCAAAUGGUGCUACGGUUCUCUGGCCAUCCAUAUGUUUAUCAUGGGUGAAUUUAUUUGAAAUAGAAACACUAUCCAACAUAUCAUCAAUCAGGAAUACAAGUUUUGUUGUGGAAACAAUCCUAACCAUAUUUAAAUCCUGUAGAACGGAAGAAGUCUCCUUUAAAUCUGUUGACUACUUGGCUUUGAAAUAUAUAAAGGAAUUCUUCCCAGAAAUAAUCAAGGAGAAGAAAUUCUAUUUAAAAAAUGAAGAUGAUGCCCUGAUUUUAAUCUCCCUUCUUAUGUACUCAAUAUGUAUCAAGUUAAAGAUUGACGAAUUUGUCACAAAAACCUGUGCAAUCAAGUUGAAAAAUAAUCAUGAAGAGAUACUUAAGCGAUUUUUUGAGUUGAUGCUCAAAAUUGAAAACGGAAAUUUUACAAGAAAAACCAUAAUGAAUACCAUCCAGCAGUGCUUUGGUGAGAAUUAA